GCAACUAAUUGAAAAUUAUUUCUCUUUGAGAAGAAUUUUUGCAAAUUCCCGAAAAGUGUCGAUGUAAAAUUUCUAAGCACGGAAAAAAACGACUUUUUUGGGGAUAUUUAAUACAAAAAAUACAAUAAAAAUAAAUAAAAUCAAUAGAAAACUUUUAUGGAUUUUUUGCAUUUGCCUUUUAGCCAGUGUGUGUGGAAUAUGUAAAAACGUAUGCUUAGGAACCUUUUGUUGUUCCUCCUGCUGAAAGAGAGCAAAAGAAACGAAAAAAUACAACAAAAUUGUUUCUUUUUGGUUUUUAUUUUAAUAAAAUACAAAUAAAAUCAAAAAUAAUUUACUACAGAGAUAAAGAACGACAACAACAACUAAAAUAAAAUAUUCUUUUGAACAACAUCGAUAUUCAAAUCUUCAAAAGACUUGAAAUUAAAGAUUGCAAAGUUCAAAUCCUGAAAUACUUUUUUUCGUUUGUUUUUUUUUUUUCUAUGGUAUUCCGUAAUAACAGCAGCAGAAGACUAGAAAAAGAAUAAAAAUAAAGGAAAAACUGUAGUUAUUUAAGGAAUUUUAGUUUUGGUUAGUUUUUUGCGUUUUAAACGACCAGCUGCCACUUUACAACCACACACAAUGACUGAUACGCGUGGUCGUGGCCAGUCAUCAUCUGGCAGUGGCAGUGGUGGUGGUAGUAGUGGCGGAAGUGGUGGUGGCGGAGGCAGUAGCAGUGGCGGUGAUAAUUCAUCAACUACCAGCACUUCAUCUAAUACAACUUCAUCAUCUUCUACUCUAGUGGGAGUGGGUGGUGUUACAACUUUGGAGUCAUCAUCGUCUUCAACAAACUUAACUACGCAUAAUCCUACAGAGUCUACAACUAUUUCGGCCACCAUAAAUCCCUUAACAGAGUCGCCUGGCGCCUCUGUGUCGGCAGCCACGGAGAAUGUAUCACCUGAGAAAUUGAUAGCGUCAUUUCCUACGCUUAAACUAAGAUCAUUAACACAGAAAAUUUCAAAUCCAAGAUGGGUUGUACCCGUACUGCCCGAACAAGAAUUGGAGGUAUUAUUGAAUGCUGCCAUUCAGCUAACAGCAGCUGGCGUCGAUCACGAAUGCGAAAAUUGUGUCGAAUUUUAUCAUAGUGCUUUAACAACAUCGUUUACGAAAAUUCUUACCGAUGAGGCUGUCAACUCGUGGAAAUAUAAUAUUCACCAUUGUAUCUUGAUCUCUUGUGGCAAAUUGUUACAUUUGAUUGCCAUUCACAUGACCCGUGAUAAUCCCUAUCUGCUGGAUUUACUGGCCAUAGUUUUCGAUCCCGACAAUAAAUUCAAUACAUUCAAUGCGGCCCGACAGACAGAAUGUUUCUCGCCACCCGAUCAUCUGUGGGGUGUUUUGGAUGGCAAUAAAAUGUUUGCCAAACCACCGCCUGAACCGAAGAAUCCUCGCGGUUGGCUAGUCGAUUUAAUUAAUCGUUUCGGCCAAUUGGGUGGUUUCGAUAAUCUGCAAGAACGUUUUAAUAGGGGUCUUCAGCUGUUGCGCAAACAGCAAGAGCAAGCGGCGGCCGCUGUGGCCUCGGGGUGUGCCAAGCCGGGUGGUUCGAGAGCCAUGCUGCAACCUGAUCCGGAGCAGAAGAACAAAUUAACACUGGCCCUCAUCUAUAGUUUGCUGAGGCCCUUUGGUCAGUGUUAUGAACUGCUGACACCCGCUACUAUAUCCAAAUAUUUUAUGCCCAUUUGGAAUGUGGUUUUGGAUUUACUCGAUAGUUUUUCGGAUGAAGAACUAAAGCGUGAAGCGAAACCGGAGGGUCGCAAUGAUUAUAUAAAUGGUAUUGUUAAAUCUGCCCGUUAUUUAGCUAGUCGUUUGCCAGGUCAAGAGGAACUUAUACGUAACUUGGAAAUGUUUCGUUUAAAGAUGAUUUUACGUCUGUUGCAAGUGUCCAGUUUUAAUGGUAAAAUGAAUGCUCUCAACGAAAUCAAUAAGGUUUUGACAUCGGUGUCGUACUAUGCGCAUCGGACUCCACAAUUGCCUCACUGCAUGUCUGAUGAUGAUUUGGAUUGGUUGACAGCUGAAAGAAUGGCGGCCUGGAUCAAAGAAUCCGAUGUUUUGGGCAUCGUUCUGAAAGACUCUCUACAUCAGCCACAAUAUGUAGAAAAGUUAGAGAAAAUCAUUCGAUUUUUAAUUAAGGAGCAUGCAUUAACCCUAGAAGACUUGGAUGCCGUAUGGAGAGCUCAAGCUGGAAAACAUGAAGCAAUCGUAAAGAAUGUUCAUGAUUUAUUAGCGAAAUUAGCCUGGGAUUUUACACCAGAACAAUUAGAUCAUUUAUUUGAAUCAUUCCAGGCCAGCAUGACAACUGCUAACAAACGCCAAAGAGAAAGACUUUUGGAAUUAAUACGCCGCUUAGCGGAAGAUGACAAAAACGGUGUGAUGGCCCAGAAAGUGUUAAAGCUCUUCUGGACUUUGGCCCACAGCUCAGAGAUACCACCCGAGGUGCUCGAUCAAGCGUUGGCAGCUCAUGUGAAAAUCUUAGAUUACAGUUGCUCACAGGAACGUGAUGCUCAGAAAAUCGUUUGGCUCGACAAAUGUGUGGUAGAGUUGAAGAAUGGUGAAACUUGGGUAUUGCCCGCUUUGCGUUUAAUCCGUGAAAUCUGUUGCCUUUACGAAUCAUCUCCCAGUCAUGCUCCACGUUCACAACAAUCCCUAAAUCGUCAGCAAGUCAUCGAACGUCUACAGAACGAUUACUCUUUAGUCAUUUUAGUUACUAAUAGUCUAACAUCGUACAUGGAAAAGAUACGCACCAUGAUAGCGGAUAUGCCCACUGUUGAACCUGCCUCGCUGUGUAUCGAUGGGCGUUAUCCACACAAUAUGCAGAUAUCGGAGCGUUUAGAUUUCCUUAAAUUCUUGCUAAAAGAUGGCCAACUGUGGUUGUGUGCAGAUCAAGCUAAACAAAUCUGGCACUGUUUGGCUGUCAAUGCUGUGUUUCCUUCGGAUCGUGAAGAAUGUUUCCGCUGGUUCGGUAAACUGAUGGGCGAAGAGCCAGAUCUUGAUCCUGGCAUAAAUAAAGACUUUUUCGAAAACAAUAUACUCCAAUUGGAUCCACAUCUACUAACGGAAAGUGGCAUCAAGUGCUUUGAACGUUUCUUUAAAGCGGUGAAUUCCAAAGAAGAUAAACUCAAGGCCAUACAUCGCGGCUAUAUUUUGGACAAUGAGGACCUAAUAGGUAAAGAUUAUCUAUGGCGUGUCAUAACAACGGGCGGUGAGGAAAUAGCCAAUAAAGCUAUUGAUCUGCUCAAAGAAGUUUCAACAGCUUUGGGUCCCCGACUCCAGGAGAAUAUCAGUGAAUUCCAUGAAAUGUUUAUAGGUGAAUGCUGUGAACGUUUAAGGACUCACUACACCAAUAUAAUGAUAUUGGGCAAGUCUUUGAGUUCCAACAAUGCAGUGCCCGUAGUGGCCGAUGAUGCCAAUCAGGCUGAUCAGAAUGAAUCGAAAGAUUCGAAAAUGCGUUUCAUAGAAGCCGAAAAAAUGUGUCGCAUUCUUAAGGUUCUGCAAGAAUACAUCAAAGAAUGUGACCGUUCCUUUAAUGGGGAUCGUUAUCUAUUGCCUUUAGUACGUGCCACACGCGGUAAAUAUACUAGUCUUUAUAUACGUUUUCAAAAUCCUGGACGACCAAUCGAUGACAUAGAAAUCAUCACACACAACAAUGAAAUGGUUUCCUCUUUCAAGCGCAACUUACUUAAACGCAUUAAGGGCACCUCGACGGCCAACAUAAAAGUCGAUCUCUACUACAACAAUGGCGAAUUGAUAGACAUUGGCGAUGAGAUAAAUCCCUUGUCCCAGUAUUCUAUAAGGGAUAAAAUGAUCUUAACGGCUAAACUAACACCUAUAGGAGUGGGUUUGGCUAGUAGUCCGGAUACGUCUAGUGAUUCUAGUACUGGAUCACCACCCAGACCUUGUCCCGACAUGCAGCGUGUCGAAUCGGAAAGUACUUUACCGGGAGUGAUUAUUUCUAGGAAUUUCCAUUAUAUAGAGUUUUUCCUGAAACUUUAUCAGUUGGGCAGUGAUUUGGAACAUGGUCGUUUGAGGGAAAGUGCUAAAAUGCUGUUACAUUUAUUGCCCUGUGAUCGUCAGACCGUUAAAAUGUUGCAAAUAAUGUGUGGCAUGUCGGCAGCUCAACAACUGCAGCAGCAAUUGCAAACCACGGGCGUAAGUGCGGGAAAUGUAGCAAAUGUUACCAAAGAAGGGGAAGAGGAUAACAGUGCUGGCAAUGUAGCCAAUGUGGGAGGAGUAGUAACCGCUCAACAACCACCUCAACAGCAGGUUACAUCCAGCAAUGAACCGAUUAACCCUACUGAAUGUACACCCGAAAUGCUGUUCCUGCAUCCCACCCCAGCCCAGGUGCACUACAAUUUAUGUGUCUUUAACAGCCUUCUAAUACCUGCUCUCGAUCCCUAUGGCGAAAAUGCUCUACAAAUACAAUCUUCUUGGCUGCAUUCAGGUUGUGCCCAUUUCAUACUUGAACUGUUGACCAAAAAUAAUUUCUUACCCAACGCCGAUAUGCACACCAAACGUGCAUCAUUCCAGUGUGUAUUGAAACUAGCCAAACUUUUCCUUUACAUAGUAGGCUGUGUGCUAUCGCGUGUGGGCGACGAACCUAUGCUGUUUGACUACGAUAUGGACUCACGUUCACAGGUGGAAAUACUCAAACAAAUAUUGACCUCAAUACCAAAUACCUCAGAGAUUACUUUAAGGGCUAUAUCACAAAAGUUGGCUGAAAAUUUGGCCAGAGAAAUGCUAUCGGCCAGUCCUGAAGGUGAGGUUUGUCGCUUGCUCUUUGCUUCGACUUUGCAGUGGUCCUGUCCCGAUAUAUCUACCAUUAAAGCUGUAGUCCAAUUGGCCUGGGCAUCGUCGUGUGGCAAUCUACAGUCGUUGGGUACUAAAAAUGAUUUUGCCGAUGAUACCUCCAUGCCGGACAGUCAAGAUUUUUUGGUUUGUAAAGAAGCCCUAGAGGUGCUAACCAUCUCUUUGGUCCUAAAUCCCAGUGCUAAUGAAGCACUAAGUGCUGAUCCCCUGUGGAAUAAGUUCAUAACAUCGUUAAUAUUGAAAAAUCAAUCACGUCACGUAAGACAGGUAGCGGCCGAACAACUAUUUCUCACUUGUACUUACUGUGCCGGUGACAGACGUCCCUUUGCCUAUAUGGUUAAUCUGUUAGUUAGCUCCCUUAAGACUCUGGUGCCUCAACACGAAGCCACCUGUGCUGAUUUCUUUCAACUACUCUGUCGCACUCUCUCCUACGGCUGUGUUGUCAACUGGCCCCUCAACAUUGGCGAAGGUUUGCUGGCUGAAGAAAUCAAAUGGUUGCAAAAGAUACGAGAACAUGUCACAACUACCGGAGAUAUUCAAGUGCACGAGGAUCUGCUCGAAGGUCAUUUGUGUUUGGCCAAGGAAUUGAUGUUUUUCCUAUCGCCCGAAACGAAGGCUCAACUGAACGAUUUGAUUCAUGAGCUAAUCGAUGCUUUUCUGUUUACCGCCUCCCGAGAAUAUUUGCAUUUACGUAAAAAUGGUAAACUAAAAACUGAAACUGCCCCUCCACCGGUGUGUCGUAGUCCACAUACGAUUGCAGCUGCCUGUGAUUUAUUAAUAGCAUUAUGUCAGAAUUGCGUUCCUAAUAUGAAGUUGCUAACGAAUACGAUAACGGAUUUUGUUUGCACAGAUACUGAACCCUUGCGUGAUUGGGACUAUUUACCACCAGUCGGUGCACGACCGAUUAAAGGUUUUUGUGGUUUGAAAAAUGCCGGCGCCACAUGUUAUAUGAACUCUGUGCUGCAACAACUUUAUAUGGUACCCUCAAUACGCGUGGGUAUACUUAAAGCUGAUGGCGCAGCAACAAAUGAAAACGAAGACUUUAGCGGUGAACCCGAAGCCAAUGCCAUGGGUUCGGCUCUAUUCAAUUCUAACGAUGAUAAUAAUGAUGUUAGGAAAAACUAUCAUGUAGUCAUACUCAAACAUGUACAGGCCAUCUUUGCCCAUUUGGGUCACAGUGCAUUACAGUUCUAUGUGCCACGUGGUCUGUGGACACAUUUUAAACUCCAAGGUGAACCGGUUAAUUUACGUGAACAACAGGAUGCUGUUGAAUUUUUCAUGUCCUUGUUCGAAAGUUUAGAUGAGGGUCUGAAAGCUUUAGGUCAAACACAAUUAAUGAAUAACACAUUAGGUGGAUCAUUUAGUGAUCAGAAAAUUUGUCAAGAAUGUCCUCAUCGUUAUUCAAAAGAGGAACCGUUUAGUGUUUUUAGCGUCGAUAUACGAAAUCAUAGCUCAUUAACCGAAUCUCUAGAACAGUACGUUAAAGGUGAACUCUUGGAGGGCGCUGAUGCAUACCAUUGUGAUAAAUGUGAUAAAAAAGUAGUUACAAUUAAGCGGUUGUGUGUGAAAAAACUACCGCCCGUGUUAGCCAUACAAUUAAAACGUUUUGAAUAUGAUUAUGAACGUGUUUGUGCGAUUAAAUUCAAUGAUUACUUUGAAUUUCCACGACUAUUGGAUAUGGAGCCUUAUACAGUCUCUGGCUUAGCUAAACUCGAGGGUGAGGUUAUCGAAGUGGGUGAUAAUUGUCAGUCUAAUGAUGAAUGUACCAAAUAUGAACUGACUGGCAUUGUUGUACAUAGUGGUCAAGCUUCUGGUGGUCAUUAUUUCAGUUAUAUACGUUCAAAUAAUCCCUCCACUGGCAAAGAACAAUGGUAUAAAUUCGAUGAUGGUGACGUAACCGAAUGUAAAAUGAACGAAGAUGAAGAAAUGAAAGCCCAGUGUUUUGGCGGUGACUAUAUGGGUGAAAUCUACGAUAGUAAUUUGAAACGCAUGCAAUAUCGUCGUCAGAAACGUUGGUGGAAUGCCUAUAUGCUAUUCUAUACACGUUGUGAUCAAAAACCCAUACAGUUUGAGGCGAGCGUCGAACAACUUUCAUUGGCCGAAAGUCGUAAUUUUGUAUUGCCAUUGCCAAAACCAAUCGAAAGAAGUGUUAGAAAUCAAAAUAUACGUUUUCUUCACUCAAAGAGUAUAUUUUCUGUAGAAUUUUUCAAUUUUAUUAAAAAAUUGGUUAGUUGCAGUAUUCCAACGAGGGCUGAUAAAAUGACACCCGCCGCCGAAGAGCUCUCUUUAUUAGGUGUUCAAUUGGCUUCACAAUUUCUCUUUCAUACCGGUUUUCGUACCAAAAAGUCUUUACGUGGACCAGUUAUUGAAUGGUAUGAUACACUAUCACAUCAUAUACGUCUAUCACCAUUGGUACGAAAAUGGUUUGCUAGCAAUGCAUUGCUAAGUCCACCCACACGUUUGGGUGAAUAUAUAUUAAUGGCACCAUCACCGGAAGUUCGUACUGUUUUUGUUAAAUUAGUUGUAUUCUUUUGUCAUUUUGCCAUCAAUGAUGAGCCGCUGGCUGGCUAUGAUGGCAAUAAUUUAUGUGAACAAAUUCUAAUAAGUGUUCUUAAGUUAUUAAAAUGUGAGGUAGCCGAUCAUGGUAAACAUUUGCCACACUACUUUAGUUUAUUUAGCAUGUAUGUGGGUUUAGGCAUACAGGAGAAACAGCAACUUUUAAAGUUAAAUGUUCCCGUUAUAUUUAUGCAAGUGGCUUUGGACGAGGGACCAGGUCCUUCAAUAAAAUAUCAAUAUCCGGAAUUAAGUAAAUUACAUCAAGUUGUAUCGCAUUUGAUACGUUGUAGUGAUAUCUCGGAUAGAUGUCAAUCAUCUAAUCAAAAUGGUAGACCCUUACAAAAUCCCUUUAAAGAUCCCAGUAUAAGAUAUGAAGAUUUAAUGCCUUUAUCACCAGAAUGUGUUGAAAUUUUAUUUAAUAGAACGGGGUACAUUAAAAAACUUAUUGAGGAUACAAAUGUAGGCGAGGAAGGUUUAAAACUCUUACAGUAUUGCAGUUGGGAAAAUCCUCAUUUUUCACGUGCCGUUCUCACCGAACUCUUGUGGCAGUGCGGCUUUGCCUAUUGUCAUGACAUGCGCCAUCACACUGAACUCUUAUUGCACAUUUUACUCAUCGAAGACUCGUGGCAACAUCAUCGCAUUCACAAUGCCCUAAAUGGAGUGGCCGAAGAACGUGAGGGCCUCUUGGAGACAAUACAGAGAUCAAAAACGCAUUAUCAGAAGCGCGCCUAUCAAAUCAUUAAGUGUCUCACACAAUUAUUCCAUAAAUCACCGGUAGCAUUGCAAAUGUUAAAUUCAAAUCCAGCGAUUGGUAGACAUUGGAUUAUUGCGGUUGAAUGGUUGCAAGAUGAGCUGGAUCGUCAGCGUGGCAUUGGUUGUCAGUAUAAUUCGUAUUCAUGGUCACCACCGGCACAAAGUAAUGACAACACAAACGGUUAUAUGUUGGAGAGAUCACAUUCCGCCAAGAAUACGUGGUCAAUGGCCUAUGAAUUGUGUCCUGAAGAGGAACAAGAGGAAACCAAUGAAUCUGAUGUUGAACCCAUCGAUGAAGCCCAAAGACAGCAGCAGCAACAACAACAAGCCAAUACCACAGCAACGACAACAAAAACCAGUGAUGAGCUACAAAAGGAGCAAGAACUUAAUCAUGUAGCCGAUUUAAUACGAAACAAUAUGACUGUAGAGGAAUCAACACAGCAGCAACAGCAGCAGCAAACAGCUCCUGGUUCAUCGAUAGACUGGAAAGCCUCAACAUUUGUUGGUGAUUCAUCGUCAGGAAGUAAAAAAGCUUUUACCUCGACUACAAAUACCUCCUCCAGCACCAACACACUAGGGUCGUCAUCAUCAUCAUCAACAGUCCAACAAACAUCGUCUACUGUAGCCAUGACUGAAUCACAAAAUGAAACCAAUAUAAAUGGCUUAACUAGUAAUCUAAAACAGAUGUCACUAUCACCAAAAACGCGUUUAAUGGGCAACAGUAAACAGCAACAACUCCAACAACAUCUUCAUCAACAACAAUUACAGCAACAUCAACAACAACUACUCCAACAGCAACAAAAACAACAAAGGGGUAACACUUCAAGCCGUUUAGUAUGAUUUGCUGCCAAUCCGUCAGCGGCGUCAUUAGUUCGGAGGCAACAACAACAAUGACAACAUUAACAGGAACCACAAAAAAGGACAAUGAUUUAAAUCUUUUAAAUGUAUUAAAUAAUACAACAACAACGAUGACAACAACAACAACUAAUAAUACACUAGGCAAUAAUACUGCUGAAAUACAACAACUACAACAAACUGUAAAUACUACCACUACUAAUGACCAACAGCAACAACAACACAUUUUAUUGGGUUCGACUUCAACUCCAACUACGACUUCGGAUCAACAACAACAGCAGCAGCAGCAA